AGCAACUGCGGCUUCUUCUGCUGGAGUCACGCCUCCUCGCUUUGAAAACUGAUCGUCUUUUCUUGUUGACGGCGGUACGUGAACAAGUAGAAAAAUGGCCUCUGGUAAAGCACACAUUGGGAAACCAGUUCCAGACUUCCAUGCCACAGCAGUGGUGGACGGAGCCAUUAAGGAAAUAAAGCUGUCAGACUACAAAGGCAAAUAUGUGGUUCUCUUCUUCUAUCCACUGGAUUUCACCUUCGUCUGUCCCACAGAGAUCAUAGCUUUCAGUGAUCGAGUUGAGGAGUUCCGCAAGAUCAACUGUGAGGUUAUUGCUGCCUCUGUUGACUCUCAGUUCACCCACUUGGCCUGGAUCAAUACACCAAGAAAGGAGGGAGGCUUGGGAUCUGCAAAUAUUCCACUUGUGGCAGACAUCAACCACAAUAUUUGCAAGGACUAUGGAGUGCUCAAGGAAGAAGAUGGCAUUGCAUACAGAGGCCUAUUCAUAAUUGAUGAUAAAGGCAUCUUGCGGCAGAUCACAGUGAAUGACCUACCUGUGGGGCGUUCUGUGGAUGAGACAUUGCGUCUGGUACAGGCUUUCCAGUUCACAGACCAGCAUGGUGAAGUGUGCCCAGCUGGCUGGCAACCUGGUGGUGACACCAUCAAGCCCACAGUGAAAGACAGCAAGACUUUCUUUGCCAAGCAAAAGUAGAUGUGCCUAGCUGAAUGGAUCUGGUCUAAUGUGAAGGGAUUAUUCAUACUGAAUCUUUCCCAUCUGGCUCUCCCAAGGAGCUGUCUUCUAGAGAGUUGAACUACAAAAGCGUCUCCCAUGAGUAGUUAUUCACAGAACUAGCUUGAAUGUAAGUUUUGAGUUUGGAUACCUUUAUGUUCAUGCUUCAAUAAAAGUGGUGAUUAAAAUAA